AUGGUUUUAAUUAAACAAAACUGGAAUCACGAGAAACACAUGGAAGACCGUGACCUGUGUAUUUCCGCCCCUUUAACACUCGCAGGGACUAACACUGCAGACGUCGAAAGUAAACCCAGGCUCCUCGGAGGGGCGCGGACAAGACCAUCGCUAUCUCAGCACCGAGCGCAGCGGGACCGCAAACACCCGGCCUCCCUCGGAGCGGACGCUCUCCAGCUUCCGCCACUUUAUCUUUUUUCCCAGCACGAAUUUAUUUCCGCCACCUUGCGUGUCCCUUCUCCCCACGACCCCGGGCCUCCUGCAGCCCAGGUCUGGGACCUCAGGGUUCGCGGACGCCUCUCUCCGUCCCGCGUCCAGCCCCGCAGAGAGGAGCGGAGCGUGGAUGAAAACGAGUGCCUCCCACCCGCACGCCGGUCGGAGCCCUGGGCCCGGCCGCCGCCCCCAACGCGCCGCCGCAGACUCACCUGGCAGCCCCGCAGCCUUUCAAGUUCUCCUGCCUUCGCUGAGUGGGCUACGACAUAUCCCCUGCGGAGGCCUUCCCCGCGAGCCCAGGAGGGGCGGGGCGGAGCAGAGCAGGGCGGAGCUUGCGGCCCCGCCGGGCUCGCGCCCAACACAGUGCUCCGCCGCGCUCCCAGCGGGCCAGGCUGCCUAGAGCAAAGGUGGAAGAAGUUAACUACAUGAUGACCAGACUGUAGCCAUGACAUAAGCUGCCACAAUUCCAAGAACUGGCCUCAAAGAAAUGGAAACCCUGGAACUAAAGAUUAACUGUUCUUAAAACAACCAAGAUGACGCUGAUCAGACCACCGCAUUACUGGUUUCAAGAUGACUGUCAGAACUGACUGUGCUGUUCUGCUCCCGCCUAUGCAGCCCUGAAACUCCCCUUUAAAAGCCCCCGUCCCCUGAGCAGCAAUCGGGAGUUGGUUCUCGGACAGGAGUCCACCCUCUCCCCCGGUUGCCAGCCUUUGAAAUAAAGCAACCUUUCCUUUCCUACCAACACUCGUCUCUCGAGAGUGGGCUUUCCAGCGGCGAGCAGCCGGACCUGGGUUCGGUAACACAGAGAGGAUGAAGAAAGCCAGGACUGUGCCCCAGCCUCUAGGAUCCUGUCAGAUGACUAGAUAAUAUAACUGAUACCAGUAGCUAGCUUUUAACUCUAUGUUGUAGGUAACAACUGUAAGCAUUUGACAAGUAUACUCCCAUUUAAUUCUCACAGCAACCUGGUGAAGUAGGUUAUCCCUAUUUGCAGAGGUAGAGUGACUCACAUACUACCAGCAAGUGAUGGAGCCAAUAUUAUAAACACAAGGUCUGUCUUCAGAGCCUGCACCUAAGUAACUUACCUAAAAUCGCAGUUAAGUGAUAGAACUGGAACUUGAAUUUAGGCCCUCUUUCUCCAAAUCCCUGUUGCAGCCUCUGUACCAGGUGUUCUCAAUUUUUUUUUUUGU